UGCUGAUUUAAAAGUUUACCCUACGGCGCACACGUGAAUUGAGGGAUGACGCUGGAGUCCGUUUCGAAGAAAGCUGAGGAUUUUAAAGAAGAAGCUAAUAAGUUUUUCAAAGGUAUGGCAUCUGCGAAGCGAUCAUUCUUUAAUUUGAUGGUAUAUCUUACUAAUAUCUGAACCUUCAGAUGGAGAAUACGAUAAAGCCAUUGACGCCUACACGAAGGCGAUAGAGAUUCAAGAGUCUGCUGUUUAUCUGUCUAACAGAAGUCUUGCAUACCUACGCAUUGAAUGUUUUGGCUACGCCUUAGAUGAUGCCUCAAGGGCAAUCGCUUUGGAUAGUUCCUACGUAAAGGGUUACUACCGCAGAGCGUCUGCACAUAUGGCAUUAGGUCAGUAUAAAGAAGCUUUGGCAGAUUAUGAAACUGUUAUUCGAGUUGCUCCUGGUGACAAAACGGCUCGUGAAAAGCUGACAGAAUGUCAAAAAAUAAUUCGCCGUAAAGCAUUUGAAAAAGCUAUCGCUGUAGAAGAUCAACCUUCUCCGUUAGAAUCUUUUGACCCAGCAUCUAUCACUGUGGAGGCCGGUUACGAUGGUCCUCAUUUGGAGCAAGAUAACAAGGGAAAGUACACCGUCACAGAAUCUUUCAUGUUGGCUUUAAUGGAACAUUAUAAGUCUCAAAAGGUGCUACACCGGAAGUAUGCCAUGAUAAUAAUGCAAGACAUUUUCUUGUUCUUCCGGAAGUUGCCAAGUUUAGUGGAGAUUGACGUCCCAGAUGAAUCUAAAUUUACUGUUUGUGGUGAUAUACAUGGUCAGUUUUAUGACCUUAUGAAUAUAUUCGAAAUUAACGGGUUGCCGAGCAAAGAUAAUCCCUAUCUAUUCAAUGGUGACUUUGUUGAUCGAGGAUCAUUUUCUGUGGAAUGUAUUUUCACUUUAUUCGGGUUUAAACUUCUUUAUCCAGACAAAUUUUACUUAUCCAGAGGUAAUCACGAAUCCGAACACAUGAAUAGAUUGUAUGGUUUCGAGGGUGAGGUUAAAUCAAAGUAUUCAUCCCAGAUGGCCAACAUGUUCACGGACAUAUUCAACUGGUUGCCAUUAUGUCACCUCAUUAAUGGGAAAAUUCUGGUGAUGCACGGGGGACUGUUUGAACGUGAUAAUGUAACCUUAGAUGAAAUAAAGAAGGUUUCCAGAAAUCGUCAACCUGACGAAGGCACUAUUAUGUGUGAGUUGUUAUGGUCUGAUCCAAUGGAAGCUAAGGGUCGAACACACUCAAAGCGUGGAGUUGGCUGUCAGUUUGGUCCUGAUGUUACUGAAAAUUUCUGUAAAGCCAAUGGUUUGGAUUAUAUUAUACGAAGUCACGAGGUAAAGGAUGAGGGGUAUGAAGUCGCCCACAAUGGUCGUUGUGUCACAGUUUUUUCAGCGCCAAACUAUUGUGAUACAAUGCGUAAUCGUGGAGCUUUCAUCACACUAAAAGGAAGUCGAAAACCUAAUGGAAUGCCACCGAAGUUUACCAGUUUCAAAGAAGUACCUCAUCCAGAUGUGCGCCCAAUGGCUUAUGUAAACCCACUGCUUUCUAUGUUUAUGUGAUUUUCACACUACUAUUUCUUAUAUUGUGCCUUAUAUAGUGACUAAAUUAUCUUUUACUGUUGGCCUGACAAUUGUAUCAGCCAUUCACUGUACACAUUAAAUGGUCACAUCUUACCAUUUACAUUACUCAAUUUAAGUUGGCUCACCUUCAGGCCAGAGAUUCAUUCAUAUACACAUGCAUUUUCAAUUCUAUUAUUACUAUGAGAAAGUGUAAAAAUCGUUAUUCUCAUUUCUAAAAGUUAUUACUAUUAUUGUUAUCAUCAUUAUCAUCAUCAGUCUUUUUCUUAAACUUAUCGAAGUUACUUCCUCAUUCCGCUAACUACCGGUUGUCAUUGUAUUAGGAAUUAUUUUUUGCAAGUAUAUUUCCUGAGCCCACUAGGCUUCAUUUGUUUUUUUUCCAGUUAAAUGUAUCGUGUUUCAAUAGAGGAAGAAAAAAUAUAAAGAAAUAAUUUGUAAAUUGUUCUGAAA